AACGACACAGGCAAUGCUGACCUCAGAGUUGCAACCUAUCUGAUAACUUUAUGAAAGUUUUAAAGGGUCUUAGCGACCUUUUGGCUUCUUUAUUAUUUUCCCACCGUGCUUAAACCGUGUUCCAUUUUUAUGUGUAAUAGUGAACGGAUAUUUACAGCAACAUCAAAGUCCUGAUUUGUUCCCUUGGAGCUGGAUAUUUCAAUAAAAGCUGCUAAGAAUUUGGGGGUUUUUUUCCUGCCAAGUCCAGAAUUCAUCUCUCUCGUAUUUUGCUAUGGAAGAGGGAUCCACUGAAGAGUUUCUCUUCAAAGACCAGGACUUCUCCUCUGAACUGCUGAAGCAGCUGAAUGCUCUGAGGCAGAGCAGGCUGCUGACCGAUGUUACCCUCUGCUCUGGGGGCUUUGAAAUCCCCUGCCACCGAAAUGUGCUGGCUUCCAGCAGUCCAUACUUCAAGGCAAUGUUCUGUAACAACUUCAGGGAGAGUCUCCAGCCUAAAGUCACUCUGAAGGGCAUCGAUGCUGAUAUUUUGGAUCAGAUUAUCCUUUAUGUUUACACUGGGGAGAUUCUAAUUUCCACUGAGAAUGUCUUGUGCCUCUUGGAGACUGCAUCCAUGCUGCAAUACACUAAGCUGUUUGAGGCCUGCUCUACCUACCUCCAAGACAAGCUGACUCCUGACAACUGUCUGAGCAUGAUCAGACUGGCAAAAGUCUUGAACUGCCAAAGUCUGAAUAAGAAAGCCAGGGCCAUGGCUUUGAAAUAUUUUCCUGUGGUGGCCUCUUCUGAGGACCUGAAGGACCUCUGUCCCAUGGAGCUCAUUGAUUACCUUGGGGAUGAUGAGCUCUGUGGGGAGGAGGAGCAGGUCUUUGAGGCACUGAUGGUCUGGAUCCGGCAUGACCUCCAGGCACGACAAGGCUACAUCCAAGAGUUGUUCAAGAAGGUCCGACUUCAGUACGUCCAUCCAACUUUCCUCUUCCAUUUCAUUGCUAAUGACUCACUCAUUCAGUCCUCACCCACUUGCAGGAGCAUCCUGGAGUCAGCCAGGAGACACAUGUUUUCCUUGUACAGCACCAACACUCCUGACGUCAAACCCAUGGUGCAUGUUCCUCGCCGGUACUCUAACCAAGAGUUCCUCAUCGUCAUUGGUGGCAGGAAGGACAGCCAGCAGACAACGAGGGAUGUCCUGCUGUAUGAUGACAAGACAAACCAAUGGCUGAGCCUGGCUAAACUUCCCAUGCGCCUCUACAAAGCCUCUGCAGUGAGUUUACACAGCAAUAUUUUUGUGCUCGGAGGGAUGCCUGUUAGCAAUAAGAAAAGUCUGGUCAGUGGUAAUAUUUACAUUUAUUCCCUCAAACUCAAUCAGUGGAGGUUGAUUGAGCACAUGCUAGUUCCACGUUACUCCCACAGAAGCCUGGCAUAUAAAAAUUAUAUUUUAUCAUUCGGUGGAAUUGGUGAAAACCAGGAAAUCCUGAAUUCUGUGGAAAGAUACGAUAGUGUCUACAACACCUGUGAGAGCAUGGCAAACAUGCCUGUUGCUGUCCUUCACCCUGCAGUUGCUGCAAAAGAUCAGAGGGUUUACCUCUUUGGGGGAGAAGAUAUAAUGCAAAACCCUGUUCGGCUUAUCCAGGUUUACCAUGUCUCCAGGAAUAUGUGGUUUCGUAUGGAGACCAGAGUAGUGAAGAAUGUCUGUGCACCAGCUGUAGUGAUUGGAGACCAGAUUAUCAUCGUAGGUGGGUACACCCGGAGAAUAAUUGCUUAUGAUACAAAAGGCAACAAGUUUGUUAAAUGUGCAGACAUGAAGGACAGACGAAUGCAUCAUGGGGCUACUGUCAUCAAGAACAAGCUGUAUGUCACAGGAGGACGAUGUCUCACCUCAGACAAUGUCAUCAAGGACCUGGAUUCCUUGGACUGCUAUGAUCCGGAGACUGACACAUGGACACCAAAAGGAAAACUGCCACACAAACUCUUUGACCAUGGGUGCCUUACACUCCAGUGUGUCCCGUGUUCUAACCUUCUAUAAACGACCUUUGGUGUUUCCUUGAUAUUUUAUGCUUUUCUUCCCAGAGAGGACCCACCUCACUCUGCAGAGAGCACUUGGAGAAUCUUCACGGGGUCAUGCAAAGUCCUGACCUUGAAGGCACCAGCAGCGUUAGUCCUUCCCAGACCCUGUGCCAGAAAAGGUCAUGAGCUUUGGGCUCACACUGUAGUCACCUGGCUGAUAUUGCAUGUGGUGCUGCUGAGUCCAGCCUGGAUGCCUUACCCAGCACCUCAAGAGGAAACAGAACAAAGAUACUGGGUAAGAACCCAGUGUGGGAUUUGUCCUUGCACAGACUUUAAAAGUGAAGACGGAUGCUGGUAUCUCCAGGGAAAGUAAGAUUUUUGCUGUUGUGCAAAUUCAGCUGCCUGCCACAGCCCUGUGCUACUCAUUGCUGACCGAGCUUUCCAUUUCCAGU